AAGUCGAGCACAGUGGAGAGUGUUUUCUUUUUUCAAUCGUUUGCAAUCACGAUAAAUUGAGUGAGGGGCUACCGACUGACAUCGAUUCAAGAGCGGAUUUAAUGUAGUAUUGCAAAAAGAAAUAUGCUUGAAAAAAUACUUGGAUAAAUAAAAAGGCUGGUUUCGGUGGGGAAAUAAACAAUCGUUUAUUUCACGUUGAAAGGUCGAGUUGAGGAUUGAACGGAAACGUGAUUCUGGAUAUGAAAUGGGCAGCGAAGACUUGAAAGAACAAAAACUUCUCGGGUGUUGUAAGAGUGAGAGAGACGGCGAAGGAAGAAAAAAUGGAGUUGAGCCCGUUUCACGGUGACAAUGGAAAAAUAUCUCCAAGGUAGAAUAAAAUCAGAAUUGAGGGAAAAGUGAAAAAGACGGCAGUAAGGGUGAAAGAAAAAAAGUUGUUGCGGCUACGGGAGUGAACGGUGGGAUAAAUGUUGGUCGGGAGAGGAAGAAAGAACGGAAAAGGGGCAGUAUUUGGGCUCGUGUCAAAUAAAAUAUCAAAGUGUCAGAAAAAUUUGGGAGUUUGUGAAUUUCUGUACGGAAAUUGGCUUACUCCGGGAUUCCGGUUCCGGAGCUCCGUACAACUUGAUCGAAAGACACAUGCGUCCUUGCAAAACGAAUAUACUUCGGCAUUGCAAGAGACGAAAAUCAUUAAAUAUUUUUCAAUAGAGACUUUAUUAUUUGGUUCGUUAACGAGUCAGCCACUCGUGAUAUCGUUCCACCGCGAUUGAAACGCGGAAUCCUUCUUAUAGCGAAGAUAAAGAAAGACAAGAAAAAGCCAAGGUCACGGGGCAAUUGAAAUUUGAUGGUCGCAGAAAAGUGAAAUGUCGGUGAGCGAUCGCGAAGCAUUUGAGGCCUUCUGGCGGUCACUCAGCCACGAAAAUCUCACGGAAGCUGAGUAUCUCGAUCGGAUAUUGGGACCGAAAUAUUUGCCCAUGAGACUUGUAUUACCCCUGACACUCGUCUACGUAACUAUAUUCAUAACAGGAAUCAUCGGUAACGUCAUUACAUGCACAGUUAUCAUCAAGAACACGACUAUGCACACGACUACCAACUACUAUUUAUUCAGUCUGGCCAUAUCGGAUCUUACGCUGCUUAUACUUGGUUUGCCCAACGAACUGAGUAUUUUCUGGCAACAAUAUCCGUGGCCUCUGGGUGUGGGAUUGUGCAAGAUUAGAGCUUUCGUUUCGGAAAUGUCUUCGUACGUUUCCGUACUAACAAUAGUUGCAUUUUCGUUGGAGCGUUAUCUCGCCAUAUGUCAUCCUCUCCGGGUUUACGCGAUGAGAGCGAUGAAGAGACCGACUCGUUUCAUCUUUGCUGUGUGGCUCAUAGCUCUUGUCUCAGCUUUGCCUUUUGCGGUUUACACGACUGUUAAUUACGUCGAGUAUCCACCCGGUUCAGGCAAAAUCUCUCUCAACUCGGCAAUAUGCGCUAUGUUGUUGCCCGAAAUGCCAGUUCUUCCGCUCUACGAACUCAGCUGUUUUAUAUUCUUCAUUCUUCCGUUGUGCGUUAUUAUUGUUCUUUAUACGAGGAUGGGACUGAGAAUCCGUAGCAGCGCGAAAGAUCACAGCGGAGCUGCAAAGGCAUCGGCGCAUUGGGAUUCGAAACAAGUGCAGGGACGAAAAAUCGUUGUUAGAAUAUUGAGCGCUGUCGUCAUAAUGUUCUUCAUCUGUUGGGCCCCGUUUCAUGCUCAACGAUUACUCUACGUUUACGCCAAGGAGGCGGAUUAUUAUCCCGAUUUAAACGAAUGGCUGUACAUACUGAGCGGAUGUCUCUACUAUUUCAGCACGACGGUCAAUCCAAUACUCUACAAUCUUAUGAGUGCUCGAUAUCGCAAAGCGUUCCAGAAAAUCGUAUUCCGAUGUCGUGGCAAAGUAAAAACAGCCCCAAAGCCGAAGAGACAAAAAUUGGCUGCAAAGAACCCGGAUUUGUGCAGAUUCACGAUCAAUCAGACCAACGGAAUAUUUGGAUUCAGCUCGGCUCUGCGAGAUCCUCAAGGAGUUGCUAAAAAUUCGAUCGGCUCUACUCAUGCACACGAGGCAGAAAUUAACACCCCCUUGGACAAGCCACUCCUAUAUUCGAAAUACCCCAACGUCGAAGAGCUGUCGAGUUUCGAAAGUGCUUCGUCGCAACAGAAGAAGCUGCAACAGACAAUGUCGACAGCAAGCAGCUCUUUGUAAAAACUUUCCACGAAAACACUACUUCACGAUAAAAUUUGUAUACAAUCCGUAUUUCCAUUCUUUGACCAUAAUUUUUUAUUAUUUUUUAAAUAUAUUUCCCAAGGAAGGAAGUUCGACGUUACUUUUUUGAAAAAUUCUAAAUGGAACAAAUUUUGGCGCCGUGAUGAAUAAAACAAUUAUUAUUGUCAUUAUUACUGCAAAAUAUAUAAAUCGAAUGAUUUAUUUGAUCGAUGUUGCCAUCGAAAUCUGGUCUCGCUGAAUUGUUGUAAUUGUAGCACAAACUAGCGAGGUCUCCUCAAAAUGAUGCUCCCUGAAUUUGCAACCAUGCAAUCUCAAUAACUAUAUCUCGAUUGAGUUAGAAUCGAUCAGACCACUCAUCGGUUAACUCAUAAAUCCCCGAGCGGACGACACUUUCUGAUGGUGCUGUUCCAUUGAAGCAUUAGAUGGGGAAUUUUUUCAAUUGAUUUAGUUGUUAGAAUAAGAAAGAAUGCUGGGACAUCGGUUUCCAAAAUGUUUUCAAGCGCAAUUUUUCGGUCCUUUAUUUCUCACGUUCAAUUGGAUUUUUUUUUUUACUUUAUAAAAUAAUUUUAGAUUUUUUUAACCAUAAUGUUUUUUCAUGAUUUGUGAAAAUUUUUUCGAAUUAUUGUGUUGAAAUUAUUUACAGUUGGUUUCAUAAUUUCUUUUUAUGGAAUUUUUCUUACUCUUUUUGUGAUCAGGAAACAAGGGUCCAUCAAUGUACUUGUCUCAACCUUUUUUCCCCUAUUAAAACUUGGUGGAAUUGCAGUUGCUUAUAUCGUUCAGUUUUUCCACGAAACGUUGGAAGUAAAGAAUUGAGAAUUCUGCUGCCUUUUCCGCUCGCACUAUAUCUUAAAAAUGUACGUUACCGCGCUGAGCUACCACCGAAUGAGUAAAAAAAUAUUCGUUUCCACGUAAAUCAUCUUUUUGAAAUGUAUUUAAAAAAACAAAAUACUCAUAAAUUUUAUUUCAAAAUAUUGAUGGGGAUUAAUACCUUUUUUCUAUUUUUGGUCUUUUCGUGCCACGCGCCAUAGAAGUGAUAGCAAAGAAAAAGUGAACCCGAUGAAUUGUGUUAUAUGCAACAGAUGCUUUUUUGGCGGUUGCAGAUGUCGGUGUACCGGAUUGAAAAUAUAUGUAUAACGCGAAAUUGCCUGAUAAUGGGUAAUUCUCAAGCUUCAUCGUCAGUGAAUUUGACUUGAAUAAAGACAUCAAUAAAAACUGAAGUUUCGGAGAUAUUGAUGCUACAGCGAAAAGUAGUCCACGUCAAACCAUCUUGGUAAUUAUUUUAUUUAUUUGAAGAAAAAAAGAUUAUCUCAACAUGAAUUUCGAAUCUUUGUAGUUAGAAUUAGAGCGUUUUUCACAAUUUCAAUAGUCGAUAACAGAUUACAAUGAAAUUGGAAACAGUCUGAAACAAUCGGCGAACCGAUCUAUGUAAGGUUAGUUACAGAAUAUUCUUUUUGUGUUUUCCAAAUUUGCAUUAACCUUCAUUCGAUCGCGAUAGCGAAGAAAAUAUGUCAAAAUUUUUGCCAGAUGUGAAACGUAAAAAACUCAUUUCUAACCUAAACUUUUCGUCAAAAAUAUAAAAUCGAAUUUGUUUUUCUAGUAUUCAGUCUAAUAUGGGGAGGUUAACGCUCACGCAUUUGGCUUUUUAUAUACUGAGAUUUGUAUGGUUCACCGGCGAAAUAUUCAUGGAUUUAAUGCUUUGUUUACUGGACACCUUUUUCGGAAAAUUAUCUAACCUCAGAUUAGGCACAAAAGUAAUGUAUAUGUCAUCUAAAAUAAAGUGAUUUUAUAUAAUA